UCCACACAAUUGAAUUGCAUUGUAAGGCAUUUUUUACAGUUUUUUAACACGAAAACGAGAGAAGCAGUUCGACCGACGCUCGGUUACCAAAUGAAAUAUUGUAUCGCGACGUCUGUGGGCGUGCCUCACGCAUAGGUAAAAUACUACUUAAGCUUGGCGUAAGCGCUUGCCUUGUAUGCGGACUCUAGUGGGGGUGCUCCAUGAUUCUAUGGGUUAUGUUAUGAAAAUAAUUAAUCUAACAGAAAAAGAAACAUCAAGUACUCUGGUAAGUUUUUUAUUUCUAAUUACACAAUCAAAUUAUUUUGCCAGGUUACUGCUCCCUCGCCAUUGAAAUAAUAUUUAUAUUUAUCGCACAUUUUCCCUGCUAUUGCUUUCGAUCUAUUAUUAUGGGGUCAUGACCCCCCUGACUCUAGAGCCCUCGUAGAGUCGAGCCAAGAAGCAUCGCACAUGUCUGAUUUUAACCGUUGUUUCUAUCGGAUAUUAUGAUUUCUUAUCCGGCCCUGCAUUCACAAUAGGUUGCAAAAAUAAAGGUUUUAGUCUUUUUUUAAUUCAUGUCUUAUUCAUUCAUAAUGGCUAAUAUUGUAAUUUCAAAGUGGUGUUAUUUUUGUUUUACGACCAUGAUACAAAUGUCAGCUUAGCUGAAUAAAUAAAAGAAUUUUUAAAAUAUACGUCAUUGCGGUCGUGGUGCUGAAAAUUUUAUUGUAGAGCAGACUCAUAAAAGCUUAUCAAAUUACUAAAGAUAAGGUCAUAUAGACUUAUUAUCGUUUGCCUUUCUACGAGGAAGAAUAUUAUAAAAAAUCCUGAAAUGACAUUUGAUGUCAUCUUGACAGCAUUACAGCUGAUUUCCGCACCGCUAUUUUAGCCGCGUAAAUAAAUAGAAUAGCGCAAAAUAGAACUUCUUUCCGUGAUGAAUAUUAGAAGAUGCAUUUAUUCAAUUCUUAUUCCAAUAAAAAUAUCCUUACUAACUACUCAAAUAUACCCAUUGUCCUAAUUCGUUUUCUGUACGAUUCUGCGCAGUAACGCCUCUUUCAUUAUACCUCGUAGAAAACUAUCAAUAAAUGGCAGCAUUAUUGAAGGUAUACAAAGCACAACAUCGCUAUCUUGCAGGGCGCAUGCGCUGUUUCCCUUUAAAACUGAAGUGGAAAAAUCAUUAUCGCAGUGCCAUUCACAUGAACAUGUAAUAAUGGCUAAUUUUCUUAGAGAUAGUUUCGAAAGGUGCUGUCGUUUAUGUGCCGAAGAACAAGAUGUAACAAUAAUGAUAUUUAGUGCAGAAGCUGAAGCAAUGCUGCUUCAGAACAAAUUAAAUCAAUAUUUAUUGAUUGAGGUUGAUGAAGAUGAUAAACUACCAAAAAAUAUUUGUAUAAAAUGUUGUAGUAAACUACAAAUAGUAUGUGACUUUAUUGACACUGCACGCAAUGCCCAAACACUACUUCUUAACCGCAGUAUAGAUUUAGACCAAGUAGUAAAUGAAAAAGCUUCGGAUACUUCACCUAAACAUGAAAUAAAAUUGGAGCCAGCAUCGGGAUCUGAUGAUGAAACUGAAUUCAAUAAAAUGGAAGUUAGUGUUGAUCCAAUGUUAGUAUUACAAAACUCUGAGGAACCUCUUUGCUCACCCAAAGUUUAUGAAAAUGGUACAUCUAUCGAAGAUGUCACCCAUUUGCAUGAUGUCGAUAGUGACAAUGUAACAAUCAAAUUGAUAAGAAAAGGUGAAGCAACUGCUGAGUGUUAUGAUAAAACUGAAGACAAACUGUGCGAAAAUGACUCAACCUUAAAACCAUUCCCAUGUAUAACAUGUAAAAGGAGUUUCUUUACUGAAUUAGCAUUGAAAAACCAUUCCUGGACUCAUACAAAUGAGGAUAAAGAUAAGAAAACUUUCAAAUGUAAUACAUGUGAUAAUUCUUUCUAUUAUAAAAUUGACUUAAUUGCUCACCUGAAAGAACAUAAAAUUAAUGGUAUAUGUCAAUUUUGUGGAAGAUGCUUUAGAUCUCAAAAAAAUCUAGACAUUCAUAUGUCUGUUCAUCUUCCAAAUAACAGAUCUUUCACGUGUAAAGUAUGUGGAAGAUCUUACAAAACGAAGAGCAACUUGAAGACACACAGUAUUACUCAUAGCAACGAGAGACCAUUUCAAUGUCAUAUCUGUAAGAAAAGUUUUAAGAGAAAUCAAGAUUUGAAAUUUCACAUUAAUCAACAUACAGGGGCAAGGCCCUAUAAAUGUCCAUUUUGCGACAAAAGUUUUGCAAGCUCUGGCAACUGCUAUUCUCACAGAAGUCGUAUGCAUCCUGGUCGAACCGUGGAGUCUAAACUGAAGUACCGGCCCCCUAUAAUACGAGAGCAUCAAGUAAACCUAACUAGAAUUAUUCCCAGAACUCCUCUGACAUCUGUUAAAGGAAUAUAUAAAUAUCAAUGCACAAUGUGCGAACACAGUUUUAUGAGGAGGGAUAAUUUUACAUAUCACAUGUAUCAACAUACUGGUGAGAAGCCAUUCCAGUGUUCAUUUUGCACACAAAAAUUCGUUACAAGAAGAGGGCUUCUGAUUCACCACGAUAAAGAGCAUCCUACGAAAGAUAGACCAUUAGCAUUGUUAUCUAAGAAUAUGCUACUAAAAUAACGUGUAUAAUGGUGUCGAUUCUGGCAUGAUUCUCUAAACUUAAAACUAAAUUUAAAAUCAGUCUCUCCUUUUCAUUCCGUAUACAGAAAGACAAAGAUAGACUGUUGUCAAAUCUAAGUUUAGGUUUAGAUAAUUGUGCCAGAAUCGACACCGAUAAAGCAUUAUUAUAAAUAAAUAUUUUAAUUUUUGAUCUCAUUCAGUUUUAUACUAUGCUGCAUACUUAUAUGAUGACACUGAUUUUGUAGGUAUUAUAGUUCUUCUCUGUUCUAAAACUUCUUUCAUUUAUGUACUGUUUAGCUCACAGGCUGACAAUAAAUCCGUAUUACAUUUGAAGACGAAGAAGUAGGUCAGUCGCAGUUUACUUGCUGCCAAUAAUAACGAUAAUUAAUAAAAUAUUUAAAUGCCUAUACGUUUUUGUACACAAGUAAUUUGAACAAACAAUAUGAUUACUUAUAUUGUAAUUCAAGGCUAUCGGAAUAAAGGUUGACGUAUUUUUAUGUCUUCCUACAUAUAUGAAAUCUAUAGGUAGAAAAACAUAUUAAAGUCAAUAAACCAUCUCGAUGGUCAUAUUAAACUUAAUAUCCUCUUCGUGUAUAGUAGAAGAUCCGAACCUACAUCGGCCUUCACCGAGCUGAUAAUAGAAUGAAACAUAUUUAAUCAUGACUAGUUUUUACAAAAUAUAUUAAAAAUGGGUUGCCUAAUAAAUCCUGGACAGACUAUUUUAAUUAUUUUUAAAUAAUUAAAAUGUAUUAUCUUGAUGUUGCAAUAUUUAAUUAAAAAUAUAAGUAUAUUUUUUUAAUUAUUAAAUUAGUCUGUCCAGGAAUUUUUUAGGCAACAUAUUUUUAAUAUAUUUUCUAAUAUACUAAAUUAAUUAUAAAAUAUGUUUCAUUGUAUUAUCAGCUCGGUGAAGGUCGAUGUAGGUUCGGAUCUUAGACCAGUAGGUAAUAUUGAAAUGACGGUAGUGAAAUAUUACAUAGUUAAUGUGUUUAAAGAAUCAAACUCCAAAUAAAUCCCCUAAAUGACCAUGGGAAAUAGUAAGCAUUAGGUAUGUUAUCUAUGCCCUGGGAGUUAACUUUGUCAUAAACCAAGAUAAAUCUUAAACUUCCCGCCCUUUUCGGAUAAAGAAAAUUGUUUUUAGUUACUGUCUAUAAAUGGUUAACGGAAUUAGGUUAUUAAGUCGUAAAUGAAGCAGCCCUGCCGCCCACCGCACCACCAACCACCCUCAAUUCGCUAUCGUCUGGAAUCCACCUCAGCCCCAUUUAACUCUUAUAUGUAGGUUAUAUUUGCACGAAGUACAAAUGUUCGUGGCCCAAUGGUUUAUACGCCGGGUUUCAUGAUGUCGCCGACUCGAGAGAUUCCGGGUUCGAAUCCCGGUGGGGGCAGAUGUUUGAGUGAUGAAUACGAGCAUUUGUACUCCAGUCAUGGAUGUUUAAUAUGCAUUUCUAUAUUAAUAUACUUAUAAGUAUAUGUAUUCUAUCCGUUACCCUAGUAUCCCAUAACAUAAGCCUUAUAGUGCUUACUUUGGGUCUAGGCUAAUUGGUGUGUUUAAAAAAAACCGCCGCGCCCUUCCUUAAGUUACUUUAUGCGCCCACCAUGAACUUAUUGUUAUAUACUUAUAAUAAAUCCAAUGCGCCCCACCCAACCAGAGAGUCGUCUCAGAACAAAGCUGAAAGCGUAAUUUUCAUUCAUUCACGUUACGUUUACCAUUUUUACCACAGAUUACUUAAUAGUUACUACGUAACGUUUACAGGCAUUCCCACGCAGUUUCAAGCAGAAUUAAGGCCCUGUGCUGCGUUAAGCGAUAGCACGGAGUGCACGUUCGCGCGUGCGCGUGUUUGUUUCGUGUUAUAUCAUAGAGCAACGCUGCUCUAUGAAAUGACAUAAAACCACACGUGGAGCGGACGUCCGCUUCGUGCUCCCGCUUAACACAGCGCACGCCCUUAUUCGUAACACGUGUGGUCAAAAUCAAAAGCGGUAAUUUUAGGUAAUUUUUCCAAGCAUGGCGAAAGUCAUUCUCUUGGCUACUUUCUAUUGUGUAGUGCGAUUCAAACUGUAUGACGGUUGUGAAGUUAGCAGCGAGCGCCACAUGAGCAGUGCAGGUUUCAAUUCAUGUGACAUCAUCCUUAAUUUUGUUUACUGCGCUACAACUUGAGAUAACUAUACAUACAGCUGCAGUCGGUGCACCCCUACAGACCUUUUGGCAACUUUCUUAUUUGUGGUAUCUAAAGUAAAUGUGAAUCCCUUGUCGCGGUUGACAAAGUCGAUCAGCAGCCUGGAAGGAGGCGAAGAGAUCAUGCCUCCGAUGCUGCCGUAGACGCGCUACUACUACCUACUACUACUGACUACUUUGUUAUUUUUGGUAUCUAAAGUAAAUCUACCUAAAGUCGGUGUAUCCUUUGCCGCGACUGACGUAAUCGAUCAGCAGCCCUGAGAGAGGUGAGGAUAUCAUGCCCCCGAUGCUGCCGUAGACGCGCUGCAGCCCGUAGUCGGCACGCUGCUCGCGCACGAUGGCUAUCACCGCUCCCUCGAACAUGGCAAACGCCGUGCCACCUAUUAUACCGAUAAACACUCGCAC